ACAGACAGACAGACAGCUGAACCAAAACAACACUUCACUUCAAGUCUACGCAAGAGAAAGACUCUUGAUCAAUUGGGGAAAUUAAGAUUAAGCCCCCGUAUGAUUUCAAUGGCAGCAGCAGCAGUUGAGAAAGAAACAAUAUGGAAAGCUCAUGGAGCAUUAGUGAUGGUACAGAUGUUAUACGGAGGUUAUCAUAUCAUAACAACUAUUGCUCUCAAUGUUGGUAUCAAUCAGAUUGUAUUCUGUGUUUAUCGUGAUCUUAUUGCUCUUUCUAUACUCGCACCUGUUGCUUACUUUCGCGAGAAAAGGAUUCGUCUUCCUAUCAAUUCUCAGCUGCUAAUCUCAUUCUUCUUCCUCGGAUUAACUGGGGUAUUUGGGAAUCAGCUGUUGUUCUUAAUGGGGCUUGGCUAUACAAAUCCAACUUAUGCUGCUGCUGUUCAACCUGCAAUCCCUGUGUUUACUUUUGUUUUUGCUGUUUUCAUGGGUACAGAAACAGUGAACUUGCUCAAAAUCGAAGGCCAACUCAAGGUGGGCGGCACACUAGUAUGUGUUUCUGGAGCUAUACUAAUGGUUUUAUUCAAGGGCCCAGCCAUAUUCGGAGACGACGGCGAUACAUCGUUGCAUGGAGCAGCAACAAGUGACAUAAUUGCUCAAGCUCAACCAGAACCUGAUGGAUUGUUCAUAUCUGGUUUAUUGGAACUUGGCCUUAGCCAAUUUCGUAUUGGGAUGUUUUGCUUACUCGGAAACUGCAUGUGCAUGGCUACUUAUCUAUCCUUACAGGCUCCGCUGUUAUUGAAGUAUCCUGCCAGCUUAUCGGUCACUGCAUAUUCAUACUUUUUUGGUGCAAUGCUAAUGGUUGUUGCUGGAUUAUUUUCAACCAACGGAAAUACUGUCUGGACUUUAACGCAAUCUGAGUUAAUUGCAGUUUUAUAUGCUGGAAUUGUUGCAUCUGCUGUUAACUAUGGAAUCUUGACAUGGUCUAAUAAGAUUUUGGGACCAGCGCUGGUGGCUCUCUACAACCCCCUUCAACCUGCUGCAUCUGCUUUGUUGUCAAGGAUUUUCCUGGGAAGCGCUAUUUAUCUUGGAAGCAUUGCAGGUGGAUUUUUAAUCAUUGCUGGACUGUAUAUGGUAACCUGGGCAUCCUACAGAGAGAGACAAGCAUUAGCUGGGAUAAUCAGUCAUGUCAACCGUGAUGUGGAACCUCUUAUCCACAGAGAUUUACCACUCAACAAGGUUUCCUACCAGAAAGGACACAUUUUCUCGGGCCCCUCUACCACAUCACUGAAAGCCAAAGAUUGAGGAACACAAAGCAUAUCGAUGUUGUCUGUUUCUAAAUUUUUUUCUCCUCGUUUGGCAUCAGCUGAAGACUGAGCUGAAGAUUCUUACAAGCUGCUCAAGGCCAACUCAAACGUAUCUCAACAGCUCACAGAAGCGCUUACUGAAUGAAGAGGUUUAACAGAAGCUAGGUUGGCGACCUCCAGCUUCAGCGUCAACCUGCUGUACUUACAUUUCCAGUUCUUGUUAAAAUUUAGAUGCUAGGUAGAGUUCUAAAGUUGAAACUUGGUGCCGGACAACAGUGUCCAAUGCGUUUAGUCGGUCAUUUUUCAGUUAUCAUACAAGUUGCAGCAAACCAGAAAUUUUCAAUGUAGUCAUACUAAUAAACAGACAGAUUCUAUUUCUUGGAAUGACUUUAUAAAGCUGGAUUUAUACAAACAGCUCAGGCCAGAUGACUUUGAAGAUGAAAUCCCUGUACAAGGCCUCUGAAUGAACAAAGAUUCAUGGUUUUAGUACAUGGAAGAGGGAGCACAUAUCGGCCAUUUGUAGAUCCCAUAUAAUUCAAUUGAUGAAAUGAAAUGUGAAUAUCCUGU